AUGGAAGCUUCUAUCAAAGCUCUCAAGACCCAGGAAGUCCCCAUCCUCGAACGUGGGCAGCCCGAGUAUGACAAGGCCAUAGCCACUUCCAACCUCAUAUUCCGUUUCUCACGACCGGAAUUUGUGGCUCGUCCAGAGACUCCUGCCCAUGUUCAAGCUGUCAUCAGAGAAGCCAAGGCGAAGAAGCUCAAGGUCACGAUCAAGUGCAAUGGCCAUUCGUAUGCGGGCCAUUCCACUGCAGAGGAAGGUAUCUCGUUGGACCUUCGGAGCAUGAAGAAGGUAGACCUCGACAUGAACACCCGGACUGUCACUUUCGACGCUGGUUGUCAGUGGGGCCACGUCUACGGGAAGCUUAUCGACGGCGGACACGAUGGCUUCGUCGUUAAUGGCGGCCGAUGUCCGACCGUUGGUGUAAGCGGCUUCAUCCUCGGGAGCGGACUUAGCCCAUUCACUCGAAGCUUCGGAAUGGGGUCCGAUACUCUUGUCGAAGCAACACUGGUGACGGCCGACGGUGACCUCGUGACGGUCUCAGAGAGGGAUCCUCCGGGAUCCGACGAGGCAAGACUCUUCUGGGCCCUUCGUGGUGCCGGCGGUGGCAACUUUGGAGUCAUGGUCAGCCUCAAGCUCAGAGUUCAGCAGCUCAACAGCCAAGGCGGUAUUGUGACUGCUGGGCGAUAUCAGUGGUUCCCCGAAAACGGAUUCACGGACGACGUCAUGAAGACUAUGGACGAGUUCUAUGUGACCGACUGGCCGAACAACCUGACUAUCGACAGCACCUGGAUCUGCGAUCUUCGACAGUCUAACAAGGGCGGCGUGCGGUUCACGAUCGCGUUUGACGGCAGCAAGGAGGAAUAUGACGGCAUCAUUGACAAGUAUAUCAAGAACACGGAGCUCAGCACACAGCUCAAGCGUCGCGUGCUGCCCGAGAAAUCCACCCGGUUCCUGUACGAGACGCUCGUCGGACAGUGGCUCGAAGAGACGCAGCGAGCCUAUCCUUCCAAUGCGUCGUAUGAGCUAUACAGCUCCUUCAUCUUCACAAACAAGGACCCCGCCAUUCUCAAAAAGGUCACAGCAGCGACCCGAGAGCUCAUGGCGGAAUUCCGCAAGAACUUCACCGGAGAGAACGUCAACUUCUUGGUCACAUGGAUCCACUCGGGAGGCAAAGCGGCAGAGAAGAAACCGACCGACACGGCCUUCUUCUGGCGCAGCGCCGUGUUCCACACGUACGUGACGGUCGAGUGGACGGACAAGUGGAUGGAGCGUGACAUGCGCGGCUUCAUCGCAAAGGUCAAGCAGGCGCUGCGCCCGCUGUCGGUGUCGGGCGUGGCGUCGUUUGUCAACUUCCCGGACCGCGAUGUGGCCGAGGCGGUGCAUGAGCGUGCGUACUUUGGCGAUAAUUAUGAGGAGCUGCGCAAGAUCAAGAAGAUCUGGGAUCCGGAUAACUUCUUCAACUGGGUGCAGGGCGUGCGUCUGCCGGGCGCGCCGAUUGACAAGGGCAAGCUGACGGUGGAUGAGGGUGAAGAGGAGGACAAGACGGAUAAGAUUGCGGGAGAGCAGUGGAAGAAGUGGUCGGAAUGGAAGACGUAUAAAUCUGAUGAUUGGCAGAAGGAUCUGGAUAUGUUGGCUGAUAUGGGCUACUGA